UUUGCUUGCACAUGCACUCUAAGAAGUAAGAUGCCCUAGGGAGUGAAACAAGAAUUGAGUGGAUGCUGACUAUGUGUGCCAACCUCCUCAACUGAUUCAUAAUGGCUGACCUUGGGCAAGUCACUCCUUUCAAUGCCUCAGUUCCCCAUCUGUCAAAUGGGGUUAAUGAUACUGACCUACCUCACAGGGGUGUUGUGAGGCAUUGUAAAUCAAAGUUGGUAGAAUACUUUAGGGUCCUCAAUGGAGGAUGCCUUGAGCCGAAGUCUAAAGUCUAGACCUGACCUAGGCUUUAGUCCUCACUGAGCUGUCCCAAGGUUUGGAACUACUAGUGACCUCGGCAAGUUCUCUGCCCCCCACCCCUCAUCAAAGCUGCUAGUUCAGGUGUUGACAGUGUUUUUGUGAAUGUUGGAGUCUUAAUAGUCCAGACAUAGGAUGUUCUGGGGGAAGGCACUUAGUAUUUUCUAUGUCUUGCAUCCACAAAGAGAGGCUGUUUCAGACCCAAGAGCAUUGGAUUCGGGAACUAUGAGGCAGGGAUGCUACUGCUUGUUUCUCUCUGCGGGUUGGGAAUUAAGGCCCCAUUCCCCAUGGGAUUGGAACAGACUUCAGCUGUCUCAGGAGCAAAGGAACACAGUGGGCUUAAUUUAUAUCGUUGGUUUUAUCGAGUUUCCCCCCCCCACCCCGAACUGAGUCACUGCACCCCUUGCCUCCCCAUAGGAAUCAGCUGGUUCAAUAAACAUAACCACUUUCUCCAUCCCCUACCAGAAAAGAGCCACUUUGGGAAAUUUUUUUCUAGAGAUAGGUUUAACACUCUUAAGGCUUCAUCCAACUUAACUGUACUCAUUCGUCAUCUUUUUCUCAGUGUCCAUAGUCUGAACUUGACUUUGACCUGUUUUUCCUCCGGUUUGGGAAAAGUUUGGGCACUAUUUCUAUUUGCCCAGAUGUGGGCUCAGCCAGCUCCUCUUCCCAACAGGGCUCUUCUUCCUUUCCCUCUCCUUGGCCCUAGACGUGUAACCCAUGGAAAAGCACAAGGUCCUGGCCCCUUGCUGUGGUCACAUUCCCGGUUCUCCGUGCUUUGUGGACUUGCUCUGUUCCCCCAGCUCUGGCGGCACCUGGUAGUUCUGUGGAGUUCUGGAGGAUGGAGAGAGCACAGUCUGACCUCCUGACAAGUAGCCAGGAGUUGAUUUACCCAUGGCCCAGCAGCCUUGGCACCCUUUCCCACAGGAUGGGAUGUGAGAGACUCUGAGAGGCUGGGCUUCUUUCUGCACUCUGUCCCAUCCUGAGUAGCAAAACACAUCAUGCUUGGUAGCCAGAUUUCUAAGUGGAAAAAUGGGAAAUUGAAUUCUCUGUGGACCUUUUUGGUUUGUGGGGGAGUUUUGGUUGUGUUCCUUGGUUUUAGUUCAGCCAAACAUGUCGGCUUUUCUUUUUUUUAUUUUUUUAGGAUAAGUGAUAUAUAUAUAUGUUCGCCUUUUAAAUGUAAAUGUUUAAAAGUAGGCAAUUUAUGUGUUUUUUUAACUGACAUUGAUGCAGACCUCAUUCUCUCCCCCUCUUCCACCCUCCUCUUUUCCCUCUUUUCAUACUCUUGUAUUGGUUCUAAUAAAUGGUUGCUUUUCAAAUACGGA